CUGUGCUGAUCACUUGUUGUGAAGCCAUGGUUAUGAAGUGGACUGCUGUGUGCCUUGUUGCACUGGCCUUGUUUGGCAGCUUCUGUGAUGCUCAGUGGAACAAGAAAAAGCAGAAUCAGGAAGCCAUGGUACCUCAACAGACCAAGCAGACAUUUAACGAACCACUCAAGUGGGAAUACCCUCUCUUGGCCGAGCCUGAACCUGGACCCACAGUGCCUUUUGAGCUGAGGCAUCCCGUUCCUGCUAAAACUGUGGCUGUUGAGUGCAGGGAGAAGGAUGCUCAUGUGGAAGUCAAGAAGGACUUUUUUGGGAUAGGCCAAUUAAUCAAUCCUGCCGACCUUCACCUGGGAACCUGUGGUCCUGUUGCAGAAGAUACUGGUGCUCAAGUGUUGAUUUAUGUAUCUGAGCUGCAUGAUUGUGGCAGCUCAUUGAGGAUGGAUGAACAUUUUCUCAUCUAUACCUUCCAACUGAAUUAUGAUCCCCAAAGUUUGGGUCCAUCACCUGUGGUGAGGACCACCAAAGCUGCUGUGAUUGUGGAAUGCCACUACCCAAGGAAGCACAAUGUGAGCAGCUUGCCUCUUGACCCCCUCUGGAUCCCAUUCUCUGCUGUUAAGUUUGCGGAGGAGUUCUUAUAUUUCACCCUCAAACUCAUGACUGUUGACUUUCAACAUGAGAGGCCAAGCUACCAGUAUUACCUGGGAGACCUCGUUCAUAUGGAGGCUACCGUCAAGUUGUAUCACCAUGUGCCCCUCCGUGUUUAUGUGGAAAGCUGUGUAGCUACUCUGUCACCUGAAAUGAACUCCAACCCCAAAUACGGCUUCAUCGAGAGCGGGUGUUUACUUGAUGCUAGGAUUACAGGCUCUGACUCUAAGUUCAUGCCUCGCACUGCAGACAACAAGCUUCAGUUCCAGUUGGAGGCCUUUAGGUUCAAGAACGCUGACAGUGGAAUGCUCUACAUUACCUGCCACUUGAGAGCAACAUCUGCCGCCCAUGCCAUUGAUAGUGGUCACAGAGCUUGUUCCUACAUUAAUGGGUGGAAGGAGGCAGGCGGAACUGAUGCAGCUUGUGGUUCCUGUGAAUCUGGUCAAGUUGAUACACCAGGAAAAUCGGGCACUGGACAAACUGGCACCUCAACUGGUUACUGGGGCGGUGGAUCAGACAGGAAGAUCCGUGAUGUGUCCCAAAGUGAAACAAUUGAAUGGGAAGGUGAUGUCACCCUGGGUCCCAUCCCCAUUGAAGAGAAAGUGGUUUCUUAGAAGGCUUAAAUCGAUAUCCUGCUAUGACUAUGACCAUCAAAAUAAACUCAUUGGUUCAUGAA